AUGCAGCGCAACGACCUCCUCCAUAUUCGGUCUAGUGCAGCUGGUCUUCCUGGGCCAUAUCUGCAAGAAAACAUGGCGCCGUACGAAAUUCUCGACAAAAUAGGCGAAGCAAAACCACGGACCAUUCUUCUUAUACAGGGGCAUACUGAGCAAGGCGAUGGUCUCAAGGGCGCCAUGAGAUUCCCAUAUAGAAAAUUCGCCAUAGCCCUUCAGCGUCAAGGGUCUAACUUAGUGGUGAUGUGCGACAUGCACAAGCAACCAGGCAACGCCAUACCUCGCAUCAUAGCGGGGCCCGUUCCAGGCAACUACUGUUACCACCUGGUGCAACAGCCGCCCGCAACCAUGACAGAUUUGGCUUACAGAGUUUAUUGCGAUGUCUUUGCUUUAUUCAGCGACAUAGUGUUAAUCUCUGUAGCGGAUUUCGGUGGACUUGAACGGGUCCUGUCGUUUGUAUGCUCUUGGGUCCUGCGCCGACAGUUGCAAAAACCCAAGCUUCGGACUCACUUUGUUGUCGCAACUGACAAAUACUGCUUAAAGGACAUUCAAUUUGAACUUCUAGCUACUAUGAUGGCAGACCAGUGGACACAAUCAGUGGCGAGUGUAAAAAGAACAAUAAGUGAUUAUACAGAGCUCAGCGUUAUUAACGGAUCUUCUGCCAGCCCUGGCCUGGUAGUAAAGCUAUUUGGUCUCAGGAACCAUCGACAAGCUGAAGGGCUUCACUUCACUGGGUCCGAUACUAAAAUACUUCUUCGCGCCGCUAUUGCACAUUAUACUGCCAAACCCAUGGAGACAUUCAAUUUGGUCGCCGCAUCCCGCCCGUCAUGGCCAGUCCCUGAAGAACUGGGCCACCACAUCGGAGAAUUUUUGGCGGCUUGCCCUCCAGAGCCUGUGGACCAUUACCCUAUCAUUGCGUCCGCACUUGUAAUGAACGCAUUUCACCCAGGAUUACACUCGUUUGCUCUGAACCUGACGUUUGAAUCUUUAUAUGUCAAGCAUUUGGCCGCAUUUAAACAGCAGGCAGGUUGCAAGGGCUUAACGGACCGGGUCCGCAGCGCGUUUGUUGACAUCGCCAAAUACACGAUCGGACCCGCGGUUAAACCUAGGAUAAUCCAUCCCAAUAACCAGGACAGCGUCAAGGGCAACGCCAUACCUCGCAUCAUAGCGGGGCCCGUUCCAGGCAACUACUGUUACCACCUGGUGCAACAGCCGCCCGCAACCAUGACAGAUUUGGCUUACAGAGUUUAUUGCGAUGUCUUUGCUUUAUUCAGCGACAUAGUGUUAAUCUCUGUAGCGGAUUUCGGUGGACUUGAACGGGUCCUGUCGUUUGUAUGCUCUUGGGUCCUGCGCCGACAGUUGCAAAAACCCAAGCUUCGGACUCACUUUGUUGUCGCAACUGACAAAUACUGCUUAAAGGACAUUCAAUUUGAACUUCUAGCUACUAUGAUGGCAGACCAGUGGACACAAUCAGUGGCGAGUGUAAAAAGAACAAUAAGUGAUUAUACAGAGCUCAGCGUUAUUAACGGAUCUUCUGCCAGCCCUGGCCUGGUAGUAAAGCUAUUUGGUCUCAGGAACCAUCGACAAGCUGAAGGGCUUCACUUCACUGGGUCCGAUACUAAAAUACUUCUUCGCGCCGCUAUUGCACAUUAUACUGCCAAACCCAUGGAGACAUUCAAUUUGGUCGCCGCAUCCCGCCCGUCAUGGCCAGUCCCUGAAGAACUGGGCCACCACAUUGGAGAAUUUUUGGCGGCUUGCCCUCCAGAGCCUGUGGACCAUUACCCCAUCAUUGCGUCCGCACUUGUAAUGAACGCAUUUCACCCAGGAUUACACUCGUUUGCUCUGAACCUGACGUUUGAAUCUUUAUAUGUCAAGCAUUUGGCCGCAUUUAAACAGCAGGCAGGUUGCAAGGGCUUAACGGACCGGGUCCGCAGCGCGUUUGUCGACAUCGCCAAAUACACGAUCGGACCCGCGGUUAAACCUAGGAUAACUACGUAG